AUAUCCGUAAUAAACUGGUUCUUGUUAAUAAAUUCGGAGAAAUUUCUUUCAAUUUACCAAGAUAGAAAUGGCUCAAAUUAGAGAAACAGUUGAAUUAUUAUGUAAAAUCUUAAAGGAAAAUGGAACUAGUCCAGUCAAAGCAGAAGUAUUUCGCUUGUCAAAAUUUGACAAUCCUGCUGUGACAGCAGAUAUGUGGAAGAUGUUAUUUGAAGUUAUUUACUUUUGUAAUUAUGGGGAAAAUGAUACAGUCUGUUUUUCGGCGGAGAAAGAAUUUACUAAAGAGGAACUGGUUGUUUAUACGAAGAAAGAAGUGAUCAAACGCGGGCAUAUCUGUACCGAGUUUGCUGGGUUACCAACGGAUAUGUCAAAGGGUAGUAGAGCUAUUUUGCUUGCUUUUGGUUUCAUUUUAUGGAAAGAGUCGGCAAUACCUGAAGAAUUCUCAGAUCUACUGCUAAGGGAUACGGAUAACAUUGAUGAAAAAGUUCAACAACUAUUGUGCUUAAACAACAAAUUACGAUAUAAUCUAAGGUCGUUGUUGACUUUGCAAAAAGAGUGUACAUCUAUGCAAAAUAGGAUGCACAGAGCCACUACAAAUUCAGGGGGUAUUCCCUCAAGUACAGAUCGACCGCAUCUAUCUACACUAGAAAUAUAUAUGCUUAACAAUCCAGAUUUAAUGAAAACAAGUGUUAAUCUAUUGGAUAAAGACAAUAAGAGAUUACAGCACCUAAUAGAAUGGAAAUCUCAUCACGAAACUUUUUUUUUGUGGAUGGAUAGUGUAUUGCAAGAGAAAUUGAAAUCUUACUCUAAACAAACACCAGAUGAACUGUCAACUGAUUCCGAAACUGAGAAGUUUAUACAUUUUCUCAAUCAAGAUUAUGAAGAAAAAAUGAAAACUGCUCAUGAUAAUUUGCAUGAAGUAAUCUCAAAAUAUCAGCAUAUUGUUGAUCAUCUAGAAGAGAACAUUCUUAUUAAGGAUGCAGAAUUAACAGAGGAACAUUUAGAUAAUAUUUUACAAGAUAUCAGUUUUGAAGUUGCUGUUCAAAAAGUUAAUAUUGCUUUGAAACGUUGUGAUACCGCAUCUAAUGGAGAUAAUUAUUCACCUGUAUUUAAUUCAGGGUUUGCAAAGUCUGGUGAGGAUUCAGAAUAUGACUUUUUAAACCCUCCUGCUUUGUUUGAUGUACCCGCUCUUCAAUUGAAUACUGAGAGUGGCUGCAGUACCUCGGUUUGUUCAGACUUGGAUUUUGAAAUGUCCUCGUUAAAGAGAGAUCUGCAAGCACUCCAAACGAAGUUAAUGGUACAGUCUAACAAAAUAACAACUGAUCUGGAGGAUUUAAGUUCUCAAUUUUCUGAGACAAUACUAACUCCUCCAAUUUCAGCUCGUCCAACUCAAUUUAUGUGA